UAUAGGGCAUCUUCGAAGAAUUUAAGGUUGUAAAUUGUAAUUAAGUCGUAACAAUAAAGAACGCACCUAAAUCUUCCCAAAGCAGCCACUAGAAAUUCAGACCCGCGAUUUUGAGGAGCCUACAUUGUAAAACCUGCUUCUUACUUCUUCGAUCCAUUUUCAAACGGGUACAAAUAUCUCUCACAAUUGUGAAGAAAAGUUUUUGUCAAAGUUGAUGUAGUGUCCUGCACUACUCGCUACUUCCCAGGUAUUAACUGUGGUUGUACAAUUGUUUUGGGGAAAAAAGCGGUUUUGUAUUGUAGGAGAUAAAGGAAAAUCUUUGUUUUGCAAAUGGCUGCUUCUCCAAAAGUUCUUACCGUUGAGAAUAAUACUCAAAAUGAAGAGUGGACAAUUGUUUUACCCCGUAAGGGUAGACAUAGAAGGAAUUCCCAAAAAAUAAAACCAGGGAAAGGACAACAUCAAGAACGACAGCCGUGGGUUCCAACCGAUCUUGAAUUUGAUCCUGAGAGGCAAUCAAAGCUAAUGCAUAAGAUACAAAUCUGUAUGAAGAGAAUUGAAAACUCUCCAUUUUUUUCGACUUUCUUGGAUCAAAUGCAAAAUCCAGAAGUCUUGAAUCACUUUCACAGGGUUUUGGGAUCUGAGUUGAAACUGCAGAUGGUGAUAUAUGGUAUUGGAAGCAUCGAGUCUCAUGAAGCUCCUCGACUUCAGCUUAGCCUUGCAGUUAUGAUGAAAAGAAAGUUUAGUUGGAUUGGGGAUAUAGAGGUUUUUGAUCCGGUUCUAUCUGCGACUGAGUCUCGGGUUUUAGAAGCCCUUGGCUGUUCCGUUCUGUCUGUAAAUGAGCAAGGUCGGCGACAAACUUUGAAGCCGACACUUUUCUUCAUGCCACAUUGUGAAGCAGAGUUAUACAAUAAUCUUUUACAGGCGAAUUGGGAAGUUGAGUCAUUGAAUCGGGUGGCAUUGUUUGGGAAUAGCUUUGAGGCUUAUGAGCAGCAUGUGUCAUUUAAGUACUAUGAUCAGGAAGUAUCAUUUAUGGACUCUUCUGUUGUUGAGUCAGUCACACACAUCUUAGCUGCUCGAAGAUUCACAGAUGAACUCAGAAUCAAGACAGUUUCAGAUGAUUAUUUUGCAGCUUUUCAUGAUUCAAGUUGGCAUUUUUUCAAGCCUGCUUGUGAGAACGAGCUGCAGUUGAAUUGAUCGAUGAUUGUUGUUUUGGAAUUGACUAAAACAUAUCAUUUGUUUGGAAAAUUUUCCUGGUCUGAUUUAUAACUACUAGCAGGAGUUAUUUCAUUAGAAAGCUUCAUCUCUGACGUUAUUUCCACAAAUUUGACAGAAAUUACAUACUUUAAAUUUGAAUUGAUGAUAUGUAACAUCUCAAUCCUGUUUAAUUUUGAAAACUCUGCAUCAAAUUUG